AUGGCGGCGUCCGAGACCUUGGGCGCAGUUGAUCUCGUGCGCACCUCUUCCCAGAGCUCGCACGUAUCAAAUGGCAGGAGGACUGGCACAGUGCGCGUCAGGCCCCUCAAACGCGCCUCGAAUACAUCUUUAGGCCGUUCAUCGUCGCCCGUCGCCGACGACAAGAGCCUGACAUCAUUCCCCUCGCUGUCACCCACGCCCGACUCUUCUCCCGUGCAGUCGCGCGUUAAUGGCUGGUUCCGCUCUGCUGUGGGCGCGAGCGAGCCCGGCGACAAACAGGCCGAAAACAUACCCAGGAGCGCUCCAGACACGAUCCAAGUUGUCUCCCCAUCGCCGGAGCAAAGCAAAACCCCCGGUCCAGCCUCGACGGUGAGGAAAGUCACCAAGUCUACACAGCAGAUUGUCGGGAGUUUGGUAGAAAGAUCAAUCUCGGUUAGAGACCGUAGUGCGCUGUUCGACGAUACUCCGCCCGAAGCUUCUAAAGUUGCUGGCAAUGUCCAUCUUUCGAGCGACCAGAACAUUCAAGACAUGAUCGGGCAGACUGGCGCAGUAGUCUUGGUGCGGCAGAUGGCAGGGGACCUAGCGCAGCGAGAUGCGCAGAUCACAGCUUUACGGCGAAGAGCGGAGGAGCGUGAGAGGAUCCUGCGGAAGAUGCUACAAGAAUGCGAGGUUUCAAAUAUGGAUAUCGAGAGCAGGCUCAGAGACUUAGAAAGGGGCCGAGGGCGUGAACAGGCGCAAAAUGGACUCGCAGGCGCAAGGAAACGAGACAGCGAGGUCAAUCUGGCCGGGCUACACCCGGAUGAUCCUAUGGACCAGCGCAUCGCCCGAGCUUUGGAAGACGAAAUAACUGAGCACCCUGACGCCUUGGGCUUUGAUUCGGGUAACAAUCCGCAGGAGUUGGACAGCGCGUCAAUCAGUGAUAUAUCAGAGGCACCCAAGGAGCUAGGGCGCGGCAAUUGGAGGAGUUUGCUCUUCAGCGGAACGAGUAGGAAGAGCAGCAGAGCCCCGUCCGUGGCGAGCAUGAUUGACAGAGACGCAGAGAGCAUGUCCGCCCAGAGUCGAUCCCGAGCUUCCAGUGGAGCGAAGCCGUCUCGCAAACCUAUCAGCAACAGUCUGUUUGUUCCACCCGGCACAGAACAGGGUGCUGUCCCCACGUUACGUCGGCUACAAAGCCAGGACCAUAUCCAAUCUGAUCAGUCUUCCCGGAGAUCGUCAACGUCAAUUAUGAAUUGGACAUUGAAAAUGGUCGCAGGCAACAGUCAGGGAAAUGCUGUACGAGGUCGCAAGAGUGUCACAUCCGAUUCCGUGGACAGAACGGCGUCCAUCGAUUCUGUUAGGACAAUGCAGUCAGCAAAUUCGGGUCAGACAGCUGCUCAGCGACGUGCCGGACGCGUGCUUGGUCCUAAUGGAACCAUCAAAAGCGUAACAGGAGAGAACCCGAAGAGUACAGCUAUUACCCCAAGCCCGCAGCCGCCAAUCCGUGGAUCUAGUAAUCUGGGACCCGUGGAGAUGGAUAGAAUAUUACCCGAAGACUCGCGGCCUCCAACAUUGGUCCAAAAUCACAACAGGUUCACAACAAACAAUGAAUAUCUUACCGAUAGAUUUGGAUUCAUCUACGAUCAGCGACGGAAGAAGAGACAGAGUGAGGCAGCUGCAGCAUUGACCAAGCAAAAGCGCAGCAGCAACGUGGAGUCUUUGGGUAACCAUCGAUCUGCACUCCACAACAUGGGCUUGGAAGAUGAUGGUGAUGAAAACGCUCUUCAACCGACUCGUACAAAUGAUUCGCCCUCACCCUCACGACCUGCAAGUAGUGGUUCCGAAGACCAAUUGAACAAGGCUCCUACGAAGACGUGGGCCGACUACCUCAAGCUCGCUACUCAUCCCACGGAACUUUUGUCGCAUACACCUGCAACAGGACCUAUCACCACUGUCGACUCGGCCGAAGCUGAGAUACUUGCGCCAAAACUUAGCCAGGUUGUGGUUGCCAAGCGGGGCUCUAUGCCUUCCAUGAGUGCAAACCCGGAGCCGUCGCCUUCACGAACUGUAUCUGCAAGAGGAGAAUUUUCUAUUUCUUCACCCUCUGGACCGACGUCUCCCAUCAGUCCCUUUCCCCCGCAGCCGCAAGCAGACCCCGUCAAGGCACUGCUUGAGCAGCUCACGGAGCUUCAUGACAACCUGCAGAAAGAAAAGACAGUCAAGUGGAAUGAAUUCCUGCGCAAAGUCCGCGCUGAGCGAAAGCGACAAGGCGAGGCAGUGGGUGCCGGUGAAGGUCGAGGCAAAGGACUCGAGAUGCCAGAAUCUCAGUUGACAGAUGGUGAAAUCGUCGGUGUCGCAGGCCUUGGAAACAAAGGAAAAGUCGGACGCGCAAAGUGGCAGGAGUUCCGUCGACUUGUGCUCGGAGGCAUUCCUGUCUCGUACCGUGCGAAGAUCUGGGCUGAGUGCAGUGGGGCUUCCGCUCUGCGCAUUCCUGGCUAUUACGAGGAUCUCAUCAACAACGGAGAGGAUAACCCAAGCAUUGUCACGCAGAUCCAGAUGGACAUCACGCGUACGCUUACAGACAACAUCUUCUUCCGCAAGGGCCCUGGAGUUCACAAACUGAACGAAGUACUUCUCGCGUAUUCGCGCCGCAAUCCCGAAGUAGGCUACUGUCAAGGCAUGAAUCUCAUCACCGCCUGCCUUUUGUUAAUUAUGCCCACCGCCGAAGACGCAUUCUGGGUCCUCGCCACAAUGAUCGAGAACAUCCUGCCCCAGAACUACUACGACCAACACUUGCUCACCUCUCGAGCCGACCAGUCUGUCCUGCGCGAGUACGUCGUCGAACUGCUCCCCAAGCUGUCAAACCAUCUUGAGCUACUUGAAAUCGAGCUCGAAGCCCUCACCUUCCAAUGGUUCCUCUCUGUCUUCACCGACUGUCUCUCCGCUGAAGCCCUAUACCGCGUCUGGGACAUCGUCCUCUGCAUGCAAGACGGCUCGACGUUCCUUUUCCAAGUCGCACUGGCCCUGCUCAAACUGAACGAGAAGCAACUCCUGCAGUGCGAUACACCGGCUGCCAUUUAUCACUACAUCAACCACCAGAUGACGAACCACGCUAUUAGCAUCGAUGGCCUUAUCCAAGCCAGCGAUGCGCUCAAUAAGGAGGUUAAGCGCAAGGACGUCGAGGAGCGCCGCGCACGCGCUGUGGCUCAUGAGCAGGAGCUUAUGCGGCAGCGGGACGAGGCGCGCGAGGAACGUGCAAGGAGACGCGCUAGCAAGAUAUCUGAAGAGUCGGCACGCGAGCAGGAUAAGGCGCCGUCCAUUUCCGCAAGUCUAGACGCAGAGCUAUCGUUGCACACGAGUCCCAUGCCGACGCCGCUUUCGAGCGCAACACGGAGAAGCGAAGAGGAAGAAGAUGCCGACCUCUUGAACGCGAGCUUGGAGAGUUUGUCGGCGAGGACGCCGAUGCCUAUUGAGGAGGAGAGUCUGUGGCGGGCUUAG